CGGCUUUUGGUGGCCGCCUGAGCCAACCUGAGACCCCGGGAGGCUCCAUCCAGCCCCGGUACACAACCUCGCGAUGAAGCUCCGUUUCGCCGGGGCCGUGCUGCUGUCGGCGGCCGCCUACUACGUGUACCUGCCGCUGCCCCGCGGAGUGAGCGAGCCGUGGAAGCUCAUGCUGCUGGACGCCCUCUUCCGGGGAGCCAUGCGUGCGGGCGACGUGGCCCAGGCGCUGGGCGCGUGCCACCAGGUGCACCUGCUCAACCGGGCGGUGUCGUGGGCGGAGGUGAUCGAGGCUCGUUCCAGCGCCGCCGUCGACGUCAGCGACGGCGAGCUGGGGGGCGUGCCCGCGCGGGUCUUCCUGUCGACGGGGGCCCACGAGCCCAAAAGGGGGGUCGUCUACUUCCACGGCGGAGGCUGGGCGCUGGGCACUGCACGGAUGCGAUCAUAUGACCUCCUGUGCCGCAAGAUGGCUGGGGAGCUGGAUGCCGUCGUCAUUUCCGUCGACUACCGUCUGGCUCCGGAGGCGGUGUUCCCGGAUCAGUACCACGACGCGCUGGCGGCGGCGCGGGCCUUCCUGUCCGAGGAGGUCGCAGAGCGUUACGGCCUGGACCGCGAGCGGCUGUGCGUGUCGGGAGACAGCUCGGGAGGGAACCUGGCGGCGGCCGUCGCGCAGGAGCUGGGCUCCGACGACACUGUGACGGCUCGUUUCAAGGCGCAGGCGCUGAUCUAUCCGGUGCUGCAGGCGCUCGACUUCCACACGCCGUCCUACCAGCAGAACCGGGCGGUGCCCAUCCUCUUCCGGCCCGUCAUGGUCCGGUACUGGCUGCUCUACCUCGGCGCCGACCCGUCCCUGGAGCCGACGCUGCUGGCCAACAAUCACAGCGCCCCGGCCGCGCGCUCCCGGCUGGACUGGACCGCGUUGCUCCCGGCGGAGCGCAAGAAGGACUUCCGGCCGGUGGUGGCGGAAACGGGCUCGCCGGGCCUGUUGGGCCGGGUGCCAGCGCUGCUGGACGCGAGGGCGGCACCCCUCCUGGCGGAGCGAGACGUUCUGGGUAAGACGCCCGACGCGUAUGUGCUGACGUGCGAGUUCGACGUGCUGCGCGAUGACGGGCUGAUGUACGCCCAGCGCUUGCGGGAGGCCGGCGUCCGCGUCUCCGCCGACCACUACGAGGACGGCUUCCACGGCUGCUUGUCCUUCGCGCAUCUCCCCGUUCUGUCCGCCGUGGGCCGCCGCGCCCUCGACAACUACGUACGCUGGCUGGACCGGAACCUCUGAGGGGAAACACCGGAUGGUGGCGCCGUAGACCUUUUCACCACUACGUCACGCGUACUUCGCGCUGGCACAAGCCUGAGCAAACCCUUCUGUGUUGUUCGCCAGGUUUUCCACUGGAAUAAUUUAGAUUUUUAAAAGUUUAUUUCCUUUUUUUUUUUAGGAAAUUGAAAGAAAAAAUCUGUUGGGGUCUAUCUGGCGACGCAAUCCCAACCAGGCACGUGCACACACACUUUUUGGGGCAGGUCCUCAAGACUAAAAAGGGCACCCAUUGCCAAAAUUAUUCAUACAAAAACAGUAUGGUGUACAGGUGCAUCUCAAUACAUUAGAAUACUUCAGGAGGGUUCAUUUCUUUCAGCAGUGUAAUUCCAAAAGUGAAACUGAUUCAUUCAACACAAGAAAACAAUUUUCAGGACUUUUCUAACCUCAUUUGGUUGCUUGAGCACCUCCUAGUGGCUCCGUGCACGUGCCUGCCAAACCCAACACGGUUUUGUUCGGAUUUCACUUCAGGCGAGUGAUUGCCACUCACGUUCCGCCACCCUGUGAAGUGCCCUGGCGUCCAUUUUGAAAAGGUCUAGAGCGCAGAUGUGGCCCACCUGCUCGGCCGAAACAUUCUUUGGGCUUCGAGACAAGGGAUGAAGAAAGGUGCUAAAAAACAGAAGAGAAGCGAUUAAAACUUAAAAAAAAAAAACAGGAAGCCAAAGAAGAUGAUUGACACUUUCAAUGGUUUGAUUGGAUCACUGGUAACUUCCUGCUUUUCAAUCCCGCUUUUGGCCAAGUUGGCCUUUUAAUAGGAAAAGUUCAGAUCUAAACAAUGAGUCAAGGAAGUGGGCUCGCACACACAUGCACAGUACACACGUGCACAAAGGCCCACACACGCAUACAAACAUAUUUGCACACGCACGCACAUCAAAAGGCCCAAACACACACACAGAUGCACAUGUAAAAGUUUGUAAUGUGCGCGUUAAAGGUGUGUCACGUGUGUGCGCACACUCUCUGGCUUGUGCAAUAUGAACAUGCGCACUUGAACAUACGUGGCACGUGUCACAGGCUUGAAUGAUGAUGUCACCACCAGGUGAUUUUAUUACAUCAUCAGUGGGCGCCGAUGUCUCCGAAAUGUGAAUAUUUUAGUUUUUCCGCUACUUUGGAUUUGCGCGUAAAGUUUCGAGGAAAGCCCCGAAGUCACACUUACAGGCCACAAUAUUAGGGACACUUGCAUGGGCCAUGUUGUUGUUUUUGGUACUUUUGGUUUGUCCCGUGGGGGAGGUCACCACAGGGAGUCUUUCAUCAUCAUCAUCAUCAUCAUCAUAAUGAUAAUAGCAUAGCUGUGGUGUGGGUUUCACAUAUUUGCAGUUUUUUUUUUGGGGGGGGGGGGCUUUCCUUCGUUAUUUGCUGAAAAAUUCUCCAUUUUGCUGUUUUUGCACCAAAGCCCUGUCUAACGCGCGUUUUGCUAACCACUAGCUUCACCGUCCUACCCGCUCAUGUCGAUGAUUUAAUGUCACGCAAUUCUUUUCAUGCAUCCGUUUGUUUUGAUGUUAGUUUUAAAAAUGUGGAUUCAAUUUAUCAGGGAUUUCUCUGAGUACGAUCGCAAUUGAUUGUUGAAGGUGAGCUUACUCGUUUAUUUUGUGUGUGUGUUUAGCACGUGGAAGUCGUGACGUGAGCAUGUUGGCACUUGUGUGUGUUUGCGUUAACUACUGUCCUUGCGGCUUCGAAGGUCAGCGAGAGUCAAAGCGGCGCCGCCGCAGCUGCUAGCGAUCCCGUCGCAUCACAUCGAAAGCCGAGUGCGGCUUUCUGAUGUGCGGAUGCUUUAUGGAGUGGCCAGAGCGCUCCCAUGUGCCGCCGCCUGCCACAUGUGCGUGCGGGCCAAAAACCAGGACAACAAGACGACAACUCGGCUUUGAUGUGUCACAUUUCUUUACGUUCAAACUUGACGCCGCUGACUUUUGCUUUUGUACUCACAGACGCGGUCGAUGUGGCAUUUGUGUUCCGUGAUAAACAAAAUAUGACCGGUA